AAACAGUUGCCAGCACAGCAAUUAAAACGUUGACAACGAGAUUAUUUCAGCAGACGACCGUGAACUAUAAAAGCAGACUACUCGUAGCAUUUCACUCUGUAGAAUCAAUUUGUCACUCGCGCGCAUUUUUAUAUUACUAAUCCGUAAAAAAUGAAUUCGUUCACAUCCUUGGGAUUAUUCUUGGUUGUUUUAGCCGCUUGCUUUAUUAGCGACCGAAAUCUUCUUUUUUUUAGCGUAAAUGCAAAGGCAGAAGAACUAAUAAAGGGCCAAGUUAAGCCUCUUACGGCUGACGAAAAGAAAUACAUCAAAGGAAUUGUCGAUUUCCUCGCCAAAGAGAAGGGCAAGCCUCUACCUGAUUUCAGCAAAAAAGAUGAUUUUAACCGAAGAGUCGCUUUUUACGAAGAGGUGCUACUCAUGAUGGCAGCAGAAAAAGCAGAUCCACAAAUGCAAAGUUUGGCUGGAUUGGCCGAAUUUCAGGGUAUGGCCGAGCAGUUACUCAAUAGUCCAGUCACUGAACUUCCAAGCGCUGAAAAUUUGAAGGAGUUUCCAAAUAAUUUCAAAUUCAUCAAGGCGGCUAUGGGUCAUGAUCUGGGCGAAGAUGAUAAAUUCGUAUCGAUGACAAAGAUAAUGGUUAAGGAUAUAAAUGUGACGAAAAAGCAUCUUAAAGACUAUCCAUCCGGAGUGUUUGCAAUUCAUAUGGUUACUGUCUUGACUAAGACAUUGAAUCAGAUCAAAACAGUUGCCAGUGAAGAUGAAGCUGAACUGCAGUAAAAAAUUUGAUUUGACCAUUUUUUUUGUUCAAUAUAUUCCAAAUUUUUGCAAAAAAAAAAAUUUAAUUAAAAAUAUUUGGAUACAUUCUUUUGCAUUAUAUAUUCAUUUAAAUUCUGAUGAGCGAAAAAAAUGGCGUCCAUUGCUUUUAUUUAAUCAUAAUAAAUGUCCGCAUACAUUGUGUAUAUAAGACAAAUAAAUGAAUUCGGAGUGAAAACAAGCCGAUCGUGACGAAGGCAAUUCUUGAAAA